AUGGCACAACCCGUGCCUCAUCAGACGACUGCCACCGACAGGAGGCGCGUCAAGGUCUACGAGUUGCGCGAGAAUGACUGGUUCGACCGAGGCACGGGCUUCUGCACCGCCAACUUCGUCGAGAUCGACGAUGGCGCCAAAGAGGCCCGUGUCAUAGUCGACUCCGAGGAGGAGCCCCUGCGGGUGCUGCUCGAGACGAGAAUUCACAGGGAGGAUGGUUUUCAGAAGCAACAAGGCAUAGACGUCGACAUGGCGCUGAGUUUUCAAGAGCCGGAUGGUUGUGCCCAGAUAUGGAAGUUCGUUAACGAUGUUCAGCGGAGCAUGAUUGGCGAGCAUGACGGCCCAGAUGACAGCCUGUCUGACGAACUCGGCAUGGACAUCUCGACGGCCAUUCAACUACCUCCCGCUGAGUUAGGCGCCCUUUCUGAUCUCGAACAGGCGAUCCGCACCAUCAGCUCGUCGACAGGCGGUCGUGAUGCCCUCGCGAAACUCAUCAUGCACGAAGACUACAUCGGCAAGCUGAUACCCCUCGUCGAGAUGGCCGAAGAUCUCGAAAGCCUCCAAGAUCUGCACCGACUUUGCAACAUCAUGAAGAUCAUCCUCCUACUAAACGACACGACAAUUAUCGAGCAUGCUGUCUCAGACGAGUGCGUUGUGGGCGUAGUCGGCGCGCUGGAAUACGACCCCGACUUCCCGCAGCAUAAGGCCAAUCACCGCCAUUGGCUGAACAAACAGGGACGGUACAAGGAGGUGAUCCGGAUCGAGGAUGAACAAAUUCGCAGGAGAAUCCACCAGACGUAUCGCCUACAAUACAUGAAGGAUGUUGUGCUGGCUAGAAUCCUGGACGACCCGACGUUCUCGGUCCUGAACUCCAUGAUCUUCUUCAACCAGGUCGAGAUCGUGCAGCAUCUCCAGAGCAACACCGGGUUUCUCCACGAUCUCUUUUCGAUCUUCAGCCCCGAGGCGAAAGCAGAGCAGCUCAGGAAGAAGCAGGCGGUCCUCUUCAUCCAACAGUGCUGUGCGAUUGCCAAGAAUCUUCAGCUGCAAGCCAGGCAGGCCUUCUACUCUAGUCUGUUGAACCAUGGCCUCUUGAUGGUCAUCCACUUCGGGCUUCGCAACUUUGAUGUCUCGGUCCGGGUUGGCGCGACAGAUAUCCUGGUCUCUAUGAUCGACCACGACCCUCACAUGAUCCGCCACACUCUGUUCGUACAGUUCCGGGCCAAACAGCUGCCCUUGACAGAUGCACUCAUCGACCUCCUCCUGGUCGAGGUGGACCUCGGUGUGAGAUCUCAAGUGUCCGACGCCCUCAAGGUCCUCCUCGACAUCAUCCCACCAGGACAGCUCCAGGAUAGUGGGAUCAAGCUUGUCAACGGAGAACUGCAGCCACGACCACGGAUGGCAGGCCAGGCUAACACCCUGGAAGGCCAGCAGCAGAUGAUCCUCGAAGACUUCUACAGCCGGUCAGCGGUGAGGCUAUUCAAGCCUCUCCUUGAUCUAGAGGGGCAGACGGACCUCGACUUCUCCGUGCAGACCGAGGACAUCUUCACUUACCUGAACGAUAUGCUCGGGUACUUUGCACGCCAGCACCACAACCUCUGCAAGAAGUUCAUCAAGGAACACAACAUUGCACAGCGAUUCGCUCAGCUUCUUUCUUGCAAACAGAAGCAUCUGCAGCUUGUCGCAAUUCGUUUUUUCCGUCACCUCGUAAACCACGUCCCGGACGAGUUUUACGUCAGGGUUGUGGCUGAAGCGCAGGCUCUCGGUCCCAUCCUGGAUGUGCUCCUGCUUACGCUGCCACGAGAUAAUCUUCUGAGCUCAGCUUGUCUGGACAUUUUUGAAUACAUCCGCAAGGAAGGCGUCAGGGAGCUUGUCAGGCAUCUUAGGGAGAACUACAAGGAGAAGCUGAUGGCCCUGAGCUACAUCGAGUGUUUCAGAGAACUGGCGCGAGAAGCAGAGACGGCCCGGAUCUAUACGGGCAAUAUGGACAGCUUCAUCCUGGAAUCUGAAGAUGAGAUGGCUCGCCGGCCACCCCAUGUGAAUGGGCGGAUGAUGGAACAUAUCAAUAUGGAUCAGAUGGAGGAGGACUACUUCAACGGUUCAGACGAUGAGGAUGAAUCACAAGGCAAGCUGGCAGCGAGUGAUGCGCUCGCCAGCGGUCCUGGCCCUCUGAGCGCGCUGGUGGACUACCACUCGGAUGAGGAAUCAUCAGAUGAAAAUGGCGAUGUGGUGAUGAAGCCUAGCAAGCUUGAGGAGGACAACGAAGCAGCACAAUCCGCAGAGAAGAAGCAAGGCCCAAGCACAACCAAUGGGCCGGAUACAAUGCCCACCCUUCCGUCAUCGACACCGCCGGAACGACUGAGUGAGAAGCGACGACGCGAAGAGGAUGACGACGACGACGAGCUGGGAAAGAUGAUGCAGCACCACAAACGGCGCAACAGCCAAUCAAGCAUCCAGAAUAAAUCUUUCAACUUGUCCUCGAAUGCUGGUGCUGGCUCUCGGAAGAUCGACAUCAGGCUUUCUUCCGUUCAGAGCCCUGUGGGUCAGAGCUCUUCGGGACAAGAUUCUGAUUCAUGAAGAGUCUCCUUCCUCUGGACACUUUUUCUUGUUUUUGUGGUAGCGGCCAGCAAAGAAAGUCAGAUGCCGCCAUGCAUUUUUGGAUGAAAACGGUUCAGAGACCAGUUGAUCUCAUCCCGAGCGCUUUGAUCAGACUGAUGACAAUGAUUUUUCCGUCUUCCUCAAGCUUUAAACGCCAUCAACAUACUCGUUUCGCGAAGAGAAAGAGGCAUGUAAAGAGAAAAGAGAAGCUACAAAAGAUACCAAGCCAGCGAGAAUGUUCUACGAGAGCGAGAGCCAUUGGCGAGUGUCCUGACGACGACGCGUUGGCGUGAGACGGAGAUCUCCACUCGUACAUGGGCGAGAUGAAAAGGGGAGAAAAAGAAAAACAACUCUGCUAACAUUACAUACAUGCAUUUUGUAUCAUAUUUCAGGUUUGGCGUGUUCGGAGUAGGGAGGGGGCGCUCACCGGGGUGGUGUUGGGGAAUAUAGUCCGGUGUUCCUAUGCCUGGGCACAGUCCUACUCAAGUAGGUUCUAGAUAGUCUUGCAAACAGUACAGUUUAUUGCG